AUGGGCAAAACCUCUAAGAAAGAUCAGAAAGAUGGCAAACGAGAGAAAACGAGAGAGCCGUUCAACUGGGAGGGUUAUUUAAAAAAGACCUCCUCUAUGCCAGCACCCCCCAGCGCUUUCAAACAGUCCAGAGUUCCUCCCACAAAUGAUUUUAAAGUGGGGAUGAAACUGGAGGCACAUGACCCCAGGAACUCUACCUCCAUCUGUAUCGCCACUGUGAUGGGGCUGGUCGGCACACGUCUGCGCUUGAGGCUGGAUGGGAGCGACAGCACCAACGACUUCUGGCAUCUGGUUGACUCGUCUGAUAUUCAGCCAAUAGGCACCUGUGAGAAGGGCGGAGACAUGCUGCAGCCACCGCUCGGUUUCAGAAUGAAUGCCUCCUCCUGGCCCAUGUUCCUGUUAAAGACAUUAAGUGGAGCAGAGAUUGCCCCAGUCUCGGCCUUCAAAAAGGAGCCGCCCACGCCCAUGCAGAACCACUUCAAAACGGGCAUGAAGCUGGAGGCAGUAGACAGAAAGAACCCACACUUGAUAUGCCCUGCUACCAUCGGUGAGGUGCGUCGUGAUGAGGUUUUCAUCACGUUCGAUGGUUGGCGAGGAGCCUUCGACUACUGGUGCCAGUACCACUCCAGGGACAUAUUUCCUGUUGGCUGGUGCCAUCUGACCAAGCACGGCCUCCAGCCACCUGGGACUAGCUUCGCUCUGCCGAAGAACCUGGUUCCGGCGCUGUCCCAACCGUGGCGCCGCCCCAUGCAGUCCCCGUACCAGCUCCCUCACCCACUGCCCCCUUUGCCAGUCAGGAAGGGUGUGCGGGGUCGGCGACCCAAAAGCCAGACGAUCGCAAUGCUAAAGGCCAUGCAGAACGGCCAGCCACAAAACAGCAUGGGUAAAAACGCAGAGUCUGAGCAGCAUGAGCCCAGGAUGCAGAAAAAGAGAGGACCCAAACCUGGCAGCAAGAGGAAACUGAAAGCUCUUGCGUCGCUUUCCAGCCCGCCACCGUCCUCAUCUGUCUCAGACGGCAGGCUGUCCAGUAUACAGCUGACCAAAGACUCUGGAGUCCUGUCUACAGUCUGCGUCUAUGUGAACAAGCACGGUGAGUGCGGCCCACACCUGGACCGAAAGCUGAUGCUACAGUUGCCUGAUCACUUCGGCCCAGGCCCGGUCAACACGGUCCUGCAGCAUGCCGUGCAGGCGUGUGUGGACUGUGCUUACCAGCCGAAAUCUCUCUUCAGCUUCCUGCAGUCGCAAUCAGACGGCGGAGAGAUCAUACGAGUUCGCUCAGAAGGAGGAAUCCACUACGUGAAGUUGCCCAGAGCCUCGAGUGCUUCAUUUGUGUUGCGGUUUCUGGAGACUCUGUGCCACCACCUGCAAUGUGACAACCUGUUUAGCAGCCAGCCGUUCAGUCCGCUCAGCCCUAACUCGCAUAACACCUACGACAGGAGCAAAUCAGUGAAGGAAGAGACAUCUGAGGCAUUGUCAGUAGUACGAGGCAGCAGACGUUUCAGCCGAGACUCCUCCAACUACAGCACUCCCAUGUCCCCAAACCCACAGAGAAUCGACAAACACCCCUCAAAAGAAACACCCCCCUCUGAAAGUGAAGUCCCGAACGAUCAGCAUUUCCCGGAGGAGCCCAUGGACACUAGCUCUGCAACGUCUCUACCUCCUGCAGGGCGCAGCACAUCGGAGCGUUGUAGUCCAGCUGGGAGCAGCCCGCAUUACACCUCCCAGCAUCCCCCUCUACGCCGUAUCACCUCCAACCCAACUGAGCCGGCUGCCACGCGCAUGCUCAGACGAGUGGAAGGUACGCUAUCUGCUAGCUCCACCACCGGUCCAGAUCAGCAGACCACAGAUCGAGAGAUAUCCGAUAAAAGCCCAUCGUCCUGGAGCAUAGACGAAGUGAUGCAGUUUGUCCGUGACGCGGAUCCUCAGGCGCUGGCUCCGCACGCUGAGCUCUUCAGGAAGCAUGAAAUUGAUGGGAAAGCAUUGCUACUGCUACGAAGCGACAUGAUCAUGAAGUACAUGGGUCUAAAGCUGGGUCCUGCUCUUAAACUCUGCCAUUACAUUGAGAAACUCAAGCAGGGCAAACCAUAGCUGUUUCCUCCUCAUCACAUCACCACACAGACUGACUCCAGCAGGGGAAGCUCAUGUGUCCUUCAGGUCUCCAUGCUGUUAAUGCAGAAUCUGACCGGGACGUGGAGGUUCGACAGACAGUAGAUGUAUCUCAAAAUACCUCAGUACAUGUUCUUAAGGUUUGAGGGACCACAAGCCUAAUAAACAUGUUUGAUCAGUGUGUGGAAAUUGUAGCACAUGUGAACUACACCAAGCAACUACAAUCAUAAAACUGGGAAGCAUAUCACAAUAUGCUCUUUUCUGUACUGUAACCUUAUGUAGUGAUCAUUUCUGGGACUGAUGUUGGUUGAAUACUGCCGCUUACGUUCUCAGCACCUACUUUUAUGAGGAAGAACACUGGAAACACCCGUUCAGCAGUUGGACUAAGCUGAAUUCCAAAGGAAUCGUCCUGGUGUUUAUGCGUAAUGUUCAUACACAUGCUGUUUAGUAAAAUUUUGUAUAUGCAUUUUUCUAUAAAGAGAAGUUUUAGUAUUUGUCACUAAUUUUCAGACCAAGUGCCACCUGUGGUUGA